AUGAGUUCCUUCAGCUUUGAGCCGUACUACUCGACUUCCUACAAACGGCGCUAUGUGGAGACGCCCCGGGUGCACAUCUCCAGCGUGCGCAGCGGCUACAGCACCGCGCGCUCCGCUUACUCCAGCUACUCGGCGCCCGUCUCCUCCUCGCUGUCCGUGCGCCGCAGCUACUCCUCCAGCUCCGGCUCCUUGUUGCCCAGUCUCGAGAACCUCGACCUGAGCCAGGUGGCCGCCAUCAGCAACGACCUCAAGUCGAUCCGCACCCAGGAGAAGGCGCAGCUUCAGGACCUCAACGACCGCUUCGCUAGCUUCAUCGAGCGCGUGCACGAGCUGGAGCAGCAGAACAAGGUCCUGGAAGCCGAGCUGCUGGUGCUGCGCCAGAAGCACUCCGAGCCGUCCCGCUUCCGGGUGCUGUACGAGCAGGAGAUCCGCGACCUGCGCCUGGCGGCGGAAGACGCCACCAACGAGAAGCAGGCGCUGCAGGGCGAGCGCGAAGGGCUGGAGGAGACUCUGCGCAACCUGCAGGCGCGCUACGAAGAGGAGGUGCUGAGCCGUGAGGACGCAGAGGGCCGGCUGAUGGAAGCGCGCAAAGGGGCCGACGAAGCGGCUCUCGCCCGCGCCGAGCUCGAAAAGCGCAUCGACAGCCUGAUGGACGAAAUCGCUUUUCUGAAGAAAGUGCACGAAGAGGAGAUCGCCGAGCUGCAGGCGCAGAUCCAGUACGCGCAGAUCUCCGUGGAGAUGGAUGUGUCCUCCAAGCCCGACCUCUCCGCCGCGCUCAAGGACAUCCGCGCCCAGUAUGAGAAGCUGGCCGCCAAGAACAUGCAGAAUGCCGAAGAGUGGUUCAAGAGCCGCUUCACCGUGCUGACCGAGAGCGCUGCCAAGAACACCGAUGCGGUGCGCGCCGCCAAGGACGAGGUGUCCGAGAGCCGCCGCCUGCUAAAGGCCAAGACCCUGGAGAUCGAAGCAUGCCGGGGCAUGAACGAAGCGCUGGAGAAGCAGCUGCAGGAGCUGGAGGACAAGCAGAACGCCGACAUUAGUGCUAUGCAGGACACGAUCAACAAAUUGGAAAAUGAAUUGAGAACCACAAAGGGUGAAAUGGCAAGAUACCUCAAGGAAUACCAAGACCUUCUCAAUGUGAAGAUGGCUUUGGACAUUGAGAUUGCAGCUUACAGGAAACUCUUGGAAGGUGAGGAGACCCGGCUCAGUUUCACCAGCGUGGGCAGCAUAACCAGCGGCUACUCCCAGAGCUCCCAGGUCUUUGGCCGAUCUGCCUAUGGUGGUUUACAGACCAGCUCCUACUUGAUGUCCGCCCGCUCCUUCCCAUCUUACUACACCAGCCACGUCCAGGAGGAGCAGAUCGAGGUGGAGGAGACCAUCGAGCCUGCGAAAGCUGAGGAAGCCAAGGACCAACCCCCCUCUGAAGGGGAAGCUGAGGAGGAGGAGACGAAGGAAGAGGCUGAGGCUGAGGAAGAGGAGGGAGCCCAAGAGGAAGAAGCUGCCAAGGAAGAAUCUGAGGAGGCAAAGGAGGAAGAAGAAGGAGGUGAAGGCAAAGAAGCAGAAGAAACCAAAGAAGCUGAGGAGGAGGAGAAAAAAGAUGAAGCUGCUGGGGAGGAGCAAGCCACUAAGAAGAAAGAUUGA